AAACGCUCGUCGCGCGCGCACAGGUAUCGUCGGUCGUCGGUCAGGUCAGGUACGUUACGUGUUUUCGUUUCGCGAUGAACCAAAAAUAUUAUACCUACAACCACGUUCGAGCCGGUUCUUGACGUUAUCAAAAAAAAAAAAGUGCGCGCGAUAAUAUCGUUGUCUCCUAAAUCGGUGCUCCGUUCGUCCGCUGCUCUAAAGUCGUUGUUCCCUCCGGUUCGCGUGUCGAUUUAUUGGUUUUUUUUUUUAGUGAGACUCGAUGACGUUAUAAUAAGUUUUGAAAUACCGUUGAAAGAAUAUAAUAAUAGGCGUAAUACAGUGCGUACAGUGCGUGAACGAAUCGCGACAAACUUUAUUAAUAAUAAUAAUAAUAUAAAAAACGCCGCCGAAAUGUGAUCGGGCGCUGGCUGGUCGUUUCGCCUUUUCCGCCGUACAUUUACGCUGUGAUCAUAUUAUUAUUAUUAUUAUUAUUAUAUUAUAUGGAUCGUUGCGAUGGCCUAUGUCGUCUGGCGAGUGUUGCGGAAAAAGUAUCUCAAAGUCAGAAGCGGAGUCACUCUGAACAGUUUGAUGACCACCGAGAGCACCACUACCGAAACGGAUUCGCCAAGACCUGCGGCCGCGACGACGGCGAUGGCCGCGACUGGCGCUGCGGUCGGUCACUUUUACCGCCAGUUCUCGAAAAAGAACAACAAGAAGAACAACGGCAAGAAGAACAACAGCAGCAACAACAACAACAACAGCAGCAGCAGCAGCAGCAGCAGCAGCAGCAAAAAAACACAUCGUCAGGACGGGUUGCUGGCCGAGGAGGCGGCCACACCGUCGACCAACGCCCCCGCUCCCACCAUCGAUGUCCCAGACACCGCCACCGGCGCCGUCACUGCCGCCGCCACCUCCGAGGCUACCACCACCUCCGGACCGCACCACCCCGAGCGCGUCACGGGACAGCCGGCCACGGCCACCGUGAGUAACCCGCGGCUCCGGCCGGCGCUCGCGGCCCAAGUCGUCGACACGCCGCAGUGGCUGGUGGCCGACCACUUCGUCACCGAACACGUCGCUCACGAACACGUGUCCGUGGUUCCGGAACCCGAUCACGCGGACGCGGUGGCGCCGGACGAUCACGCCGCGUCGUUGCAGCCAGGCCCAGCGACGACGACGGUCUGCGGCAAAUGCCCCGCGGCCGCCUCGUCGUGCGAGCACGAACCUCGACACAAACCUUUAACUGUUCAACAACUCGUCGACGAGUUUAUUGGACCGUACUAUGUGAAUUAUAGCGAAACACGUGCAGUUCUCGUAAGACAAGCAAAACAAUUGCUUGCAAACGUAUACCAAGGCGAUGUCGCCAACUUCCAUGGGUGUUUUUGUGUGCCAGUCAGCAAAAUUCUCAAAAAAGUUGAAGAGACAUUCAGAAAAUAUCAGUGUUGCGAUGCUUGGGCAGGGUGGCCUCUCAGCCACGGUCGACGUGGCGUGCUAACUCAUCUGGUGGCGCCGAUCGGUUGCUGCUCAGGCGGCGCACCGCCGUCUGACGCGUACCUGUCGCUGGACGUGGCCAGUGCCGGACUGACGGUGAACUGGGUGGGCGCGGGCGCCCGGCUCCGGAGCCGACUGUCCACCGAUACCGCGGCCAUGCUGGCCGGUGACCUGCAACAGCUGAGCGCCACGCUCAAACACCUGGUGGCCGUGGUCGACAGGUCGGUCCACAGGGUGCCGCUCGACCGGAUACCGUACCCGUGCUACGGAUGCCAAGACCGGACGUGCCAGUCGCCGACACGACGUCCGCAGCAGACCUUUGUCGCUGACAACGACGACCGCACAAAGGCCCUACAGCAGCAGCAGCAGCAAAACAACGGCGGCAGCGUGUACGACGACACUGACAACUCUAUACCACACAUCGACUCCGACCCUGAGGACUCGAUGACCCAAGACAGAUCCGAUCUGGCGGUCGACAACGAAGGCAUAGCAGCUAUGAUACACCACCAGAAGCAAUCACAGCAGUCCAUCCGAGUACCAAAGUCCAUUUGCGACCUAUCGGAAGACGUUCUCACGUCGGGAGUACAAUUUCCAGGAGCCGUGGACCGACAGGGUAACGCAGUGAUAUUAUGGGUCGAAGGACAGUCCGGACAUAGUUCAGAAACCAUGUCGGACGUGAAUGCGGCAGAGCUCAUUUUGUACUACGCGUCUCUGAGAAACAGAAACGAAAGGAACUCGUCGUUGACCAUCUUGGUACACGAGAACAGCUGCACAAGCAUAGAAUUCGUCGAUUGUGUGCUGGAACUGAUAAAGCAUCAAGUUUCCGUGGACAAAGUGAUUUUUUGCACGAAGCGACACGCAGAAGGAAACCGACUGAAGUACAGCCAAAUUCGGUGUUACGCCGUCAAUUCGUACAACGGUCUCCUAGAGUUCUUUGAAGACAGUCAGAUCCCGUCGGCUUGCGGCGGCCCGUACACACACAGCCAACUCGAAUGGAUUGAUUUCUACAAGGAGUCGGAGAGGCUGACUUGUUUGAGUCAGACUGCCGGAAAUCGACUCGUGACGGCCAUCGCGGACAUGGGAAACGUGCAACAAGAACGCAAUGCAAUAUCCAAAUUUUUGGACGACUCGGAUAUUAAAAAUUUACUUCAAGACGCCAGACAGAGCAUGGAAAUACUGGAACAGCAUGCUCGCUGGUUGAACGAAGACAGAUUUGUGAUGUCGAGUUUCGAGGACGUGAAGAAGUUCCACAGUGAAGUCGAGGGCGCCGCAGUCCGACUGGAAGAACUGCUAUUGCAGAAGAAAAAGAAAAUAAUGCAAGCAGCCAGAGUCAACGCUUUGGAGGCCGAGACACACGAGGUCCUCUCUUGGCUGACCAACAAAGGAGAACACGCGUUGGUUCAACACGCCGAUUUGGCCAACAGUCUGCCGGCGAUCCGGCAACAGGAACAAGACUUUGAGAAAUUUUACUUCGUCUCCAUGCAAAAUCUCGACAAAGCUGGAGAUUUGUUGGAAGAAGCAGGCCAAUGCAGCAAUGGUACCAGUCUAAAAGAUCUGGCUAAAUCUUUAAAGCAGCAUCUGAGAGGUUUUAGUGAUCGACUUGAAGAGACUCGUGAAAGACUCGAAGACACAUCACGCUGUUUUUACUUACUCGAUAAGGCUUACGAUUGGGCUUUGGAAUGUAUGAAGUACAUAUCCGAAAAGCACGACACACGUAACAUUAAAGAACUACGAAGAUACUUAAUGGCACAUCCAUCUCCUACUGCUCAACACUUCUCGGAGAUGAUGAUGUUGGCCAACAAGCUUAACAAUGAUAAAUUAAUCAAACAGUGCAAGGUGGCCAUGGUAAGAUGCGAAGAGACCAACGACCAACUGAAGCACCUGUUGGGACCGGAAACAUUCCCGACCAGCACUCCCCUGCCACCCAGAAGGACGUCCGCACCGGAGCACCAUACAACAAAUGGUAACGCAACAGCGGAUAACCAUCAUUGUGGCUGGGUAGGCGCUACGGAAGAGAACUUUUAUUGCGAGACAGACCGGCUCGCGCUCAGCCAUAUCCCGUCAGCCAAUUGGACUUACAAUGAUGAAGAAGACGAGGAAAAACUGAGCUGCUCACACACGACUGAAGGGAGCGAUGAAAAUAAGAGUAAUGAAGAGAGUGACGACACUAAUUGUGCCGAUCUCGGUUGCAGCAAAAAUCAAAGUCUGCCACCUUUGUCCGUCAACAGUCAUCUGCACUAUAUGUCCAACCUACAGUUGAACAUGGAUUGCGGCACGCAGACGCUAAAGUUACAAAAGACCGUCAAGCUGAUCAUGAGAGAAAUGAUACAGACCGAAAGGGAUUACGUCAAGUCACUGGAAUACGUCAUAGAGAACUACGUGCCGAUGUUACUGAACGAAGACAUACCCCAAGCCCUGCGAGGCCAGCGCAACGUCAUUUUCGGCAACAUCGAGAAGAUCUACGAGUUUCACAGCCAACACUUCCUCAAGGAGCUGGAGAGACACGAGAACUGUCCCUUGCAAGUGGGAGAAUCUUUCCUAAAACACGAAAAAAAAUUUUACUUGUACGCGCUGUACAACAAGAACAAACCGAAUUCGGAUUCGCUGAUGUCCGAGUAUGGUUCUGCAUUCUUUAAGGCAAAACAAAUCGAACUUCGCGACCGAAUGGACUUGGCCAGUUACUUGCUGAAGCCCGUGCAGAGGAUGGGCAAGUAUGCGCUGCUCUUGCAGCAGCUCAUGAAGAUGGCCAAAGGUGACACGGAACACCUCCGGCUGGCCGAGAGCAUGGUCAGGUUCCAGUUGCGACACGGCAACGAUCUGCUGGCCAUGGACUCGCUCCGGGAGUGCGACGUCAACCUGAAGGAGCAGGGCCGACUUUUGCGGCAGAACGAGUUCCUCGUGUGGCAGGGCAAAGGCAAGAAGUGCCUGCGACAGGUGUUCCUGUUCGAGGAGCUCAUACUGUUCAGCAAGGCCAGACGAUUCCCCGACCAAACGAAUCUGGACUUGUACGUGUACAAGAACAGUAUAAAAACUAGUGACAUCGGGUUCACCGCCAAAGUCGGCGACAGCAACACCAAAUUCGAAAUAUGGUUCCGGAAACGCAAGCCGGGCGAUACUUACACGUUGGUGUCCAUGUCAGAGGACAUCAAACAGUCGUGGACCGACGAGUUGUCCAAUUUGCUGUGGAAACAGGCGCUGCGAAACAGAGAGGUUAGGCUGGCGGAAAUGUCUUCUAUGGGAAUUGGCAACAAACCCUGUUUGGACAUCCGGCCGAGUGCGGAUCAAAUAAACGAUCGAUCCAUCACGUUCGCGCAGCUCAGUAAAACUGCCCCAAGGUUCCGGAACUCGAUAGUGGCUUUGCCCUCGGACCUAGAGUCGAUCGCCAAGCGGCCGCACUCGAUCAUAUCGGUCAGCAGCAGCAGCGCGGGCAGCAGUAACAGCAGCAGUGGCAGCAGCAGCAGCGGCGCCAGCUGUCGGAGUAGCGAGGGCGCCAGGCAGACCAGUCAGUGUUCCAGCCAGUCGACCGAGAGCGGCAUAGUGGCUGACUGGUACAGCCGGAACAGCCACUCGGGCAGCGUCGCCUCGGACACGCUGUCGUCUCCGGCUGCGGCCAACAACAACAACAACAGCAGCGGCGGCAGCAGCAGCAGCGGUGGCAAGGGCUCGACGUCCAAGUCCGCAAAGGCUGCCGCCGCGUCGGACCCGACCGCCACGCGGCUAUCGGUCAAACUGUAGGCGCCAAUGACUAUAUCAUGUAUAUAUAUAUAUUACAUUUUUGGUGCCUGUACCGCCGCCGACCAGUCUACGCAGACAGACAGACAGACAGACAGACAGACAGACAGACACUUACUAUAUUAUUAUAAUAAUUAUAUAUUAUGUGCAAACAAUAUUAAUAUUAUGUCAUAUUAUUAUUAUUAUUAUUAUUAUUAUGUCACAAGUCGACCUUUAACGUUUUUGUCGUCGACGAGAUGACAUUAUCAUAUAAUAUAAUGUUAUUAUAGGUUUUUUAAUCGUAUUCCCAAAGGAAAUCAAUAGUUACCGGAUCAAUCCACAUCAUUUUUUUUUCGUCUUCGCCUAUUCUCGCGGACGCUCUGCGAGAAACUCCGUUGUUAUUAUUUUUAUUCUAGUUUUUUAUCUUUAACAAAAAACGAUUUUGAUUCUAUAAUAUUAUUAUUAUUCAUGAUGAUGAUGAUGAUGAUAUAGUCUAGUUAUUAUAUAUUUACACGUAGAUACACGUACCUUUUUGUUUAAGGUUUAUUUAAGAUAAAUAUUUAUUGUUAUUAUAUUAUUAUUAUUAUUAUUAUUAUUCAUUUCAAUAAUUAUUGUAAUCGGUACGAGCGGAUCGGACUAUGAGAAUUGUUUUCGGUCCGAUACGGUCUAUGUGCUGUAAUAGUUAUAUUUUGUGUUGAGAGAUAAUCUAGACCACGGCGCCUAAUAUUAUUAUUAUUAUUAUUAUUAUUUUUCUAUUAGAUAUAUUUCUAUAUAUUUAUACGUAUAACAUAACAUAUUAUAAUAUGUAUACAUAUAUAGAUAUAUAUGUAUACUCAAAAAUAGAUCUCCUUCGACUUUCUUACUUGAAUCUAUCCUCAGAGAAUAAACAAUGUGUGUUUUACUUAACAUUUCAAAUUAUUAUUAUUAUUAUUAUUAUUAUUAUUAUUAUUAUAUCAUAAUUGUUGCUCAAAUUUAACACAAAACUUAAUGGGUGUUCUGAUUUUCAAACAGUUUUAAAAAAUUUAACGUAAUUUGCAUGCAUGUAUGUUUAAUUAUAUAUAAUAUGAACUGUAAUUAGUAGCAUAUUUAGACUAUUUAAAACUUAAACGUAAAUUGUUUUAAAUAUAAACUGUUGUUUUUUUUUAAAAGAAUUCGGACAAGGAAGGUAUUUCGGUAGGUAUUCAUUUAAACUUUGUUUGAAUAAAGAUGAUGAUCUAUUUGAGCACUUUACCGAAAUGGUCAAAUCUGUAAUUCCAUCAGUUUAACUUCGGAGUUUCAUCGAAAAACUUAACAGUUUAUGUAUAAAAAUUUUUCAUUUAAGGUAUAUGAAUGUUUGUUGUGCAUUUCUUUUUUAGUUUCGUAUAUAUUAAACU